GUCAACUCAGCUUGUGUACAGCUUUUAUUGUUGCUCCAAAAUUCGUUGUCCUUGCUCGUUAACUGCAUUCUUUGGACUAUCUUUCAAUUCCGUUUCGGUGGUAUUGUUUUUAGCUUCAAUGGAUUCAAAUCAGGAGAUAUACUUUCAGCCGCGUUGUAUGUCAGAUCAUAUGGAGAUGCGUGGCAGCGGCGGAUCGAAUCCCUUAUCGCAACACUCCGAGCUGUCGAAUGCUGAUGGAGAGCGCAUCUGUUGGAUAUGCUUCGCAACUAGCGAAGAUAAUCCACAUGCCCAUUGGGUGCAGCCGUGCCAGUGCCGCGGUGACACUAAAUGGGUCCACCAGAGUUGUCUAUAUCGCUGGAUCGACGAGAAGCAGCUGGGUGAUCGCCGGCAAACGGUGAUUUGCCAACAAUGCCAAACUGAGUAUAUAAUGGUCUUUCCCCAAAUGAAUCCCAUUGCCAGGGUGCUAGAGAAGCUGGAUUAUGCAGUUAGGCGAAUUUGCCCAUUUUUGGUGCUCGGAAUGUUCUUAUGCUGUAUAUACUGGAUUGCCCUUACAUACGGAGCAUUCACUAUCAUCCAGGUGGUGGGUCAAGAUCGCGCAAUGCAGUUGAUGGAGAAUAAAGUCAUCCUGCUAGUGGGUUUACCCUUCAUACCGGUGGGAUUGAUCCUAUUCCGGCUGGUGCGAUGGAAAGAUGCCGUCUUGAAGGCCAUGCGCAGCAUAUAUAUAUACAUUCCGCGCAAAUUGCCCUUUUUCCACAGGACCAAUCAGUCGGAAGGUGCAUCGAGGGACUUGGGUGACUUGGGUGACUUGGAUGACUUGAGCGUCAGUUCGAGCAGUUCGAUCAGUUUGCCACCAAUCCAACAUAAUCCGUCCAUCACCGAACCCUUCUACAUCUCUCGUCUCAUUUGCGGAGCAUUUUUUCUACCAACUUUUGCCACAACGGUGGGAAAUGUGUUCUUCGGUAGGCUGGACGAUGCACUGCAGCGCACCAUACUCGGUGGUAUUGCCUAUAUCGGAAUUAAGGGAUUGCUGAAAAUGUAUCUCGACCAGAAGUUAUAUCUCCGUCGCUUAGGUCGUUGCAUUUUGAACUACACCGAUGAAAACGUACGGAUGAUUGAUCAGCAUACCCAGGACAAUAGCAAUUACAAUCCGAAUCAAGGAUCGAAUGACGAUGAUCGCCAGUUUGCCGGAUUUAAUGAGAGCAUAGAUGAUAGCUUUAGCGUGCACACCACGGACUCUGCGGUUGGUGACGCGUCCAGCAUUCAGAUCGUAGUCCAAUGAGCUAUUAUGAUAAACCUUUUGGCCAGGAAGUUAGAUCCAUAAGUUUUAACGACUUUGGCAACGAGCAUGGCUAAUCACUUUUUUUGGCAAUAAAAUAGUGUAUACAUUUAAAACUUUUAGAAAACUGCAACUUGGAGAUAUACAAUACAUAGAUGACGCAUCAUCUAUUAAACAGUAUAUUGUUAUAUCUUUUAAUUUAAAUACAUUGAAUUCAAAUUUUUGCAAACUGUAAGCACUAU